GCCCAUCAGUGCCACCUGCCAGUGCCCAUCAGUGCCACCUGCCAGUGCCCAUCAGUGCCACCUAUCAGUGCCAGUCAGUGCCACCUAGCAGUGCUGCCUAUCAGUGCCACCUAUCAGUGCAUGUCAGUGCCGCCUAUCAGUGCUGCCUAUCAGUGCCACCUAACAGUGCCAGUCAGUGCCGCCUAUCAGUGCUUCCUAUCAGUUCCAUCUAUCAGUGCUGCCUUUCAGUGCCCAUCAGUGCAACCUACCAGUGCCUCCUCAUCAGUGCACAUCAGUGAAGGAGAAAAAUCACUUAUUUACAAAAUUUUAUAA